AAAGUCUCCAGAUAACUUUAUUAACUCUUGCAACUUUGUUAAAUUCGGCUCAAUUCCAUUACAUUCCAAAUGAAUAAAAACAAACAAAACUUUUGAAAUUAUUUAGAAACCGAAGAGAAAAUAUAAACAAAUUUAUAAAUAAAAAUGAAUACACGCAAGAAAACUUGGGUAAACUCUAUGUUUUCUCAACUGUCACACUUGGAAAAUAAUUCACCAAAACCAAAAAAAUCCAAAGACGAUACAUCAAAUCCAUCAAAACGGACUACCAGGAAAAAAUCAACAACGAUACAACCAGCUGAGGAAAUUAUUGAUUUGGAUGCUGAAGAUGAAUGCAAAAAUGAUGGAUCUACAUUUCUGGAGAGAACAACCAAGACUAACGUGCAAAUCUCUAAUGAAAACUGGAUAGAUGUCUUUGCGCCCUCGAAUAGUGAGGAGUUGGCCAUACACCCCAAAAAGGUUCAGGAGAUACAACAAUGGUUUCAACAUUGCGCGGCCAUGAGACGCAAAAACCCUGCUCAGCUUUGUUUGCUUACCGGACCUUCGGGAAGUGGAAAAACAGCAGCUGUGCGCAUCUUAGCCAAAGAGAACAAAAUAAACAUACAAGAAUGGAUAAAUCCUGUAGAUCAGGAAAUGGUGUAUAAUUUAGGAGAUCAAGUGUAUGGACAAUCGUUCGUUAGUUCACAAGUGGAUGCAUUUAAAAAUUUCCUUUUUAAAGCAUCGCGGUAUCGUUCUUUGUUGGAGACAAUUGCCACUGAUAAACGUUUACUUAUGGUGGAAGAUUUUCCUAAUUUUUUGCUAAGAGAUCCUACAGUAUUUCAAGAAAUAUUAGAAGAUUAUGCCAACUAUGCGAAAUCGCCUUUAAUCUUUAUAGUAACGGAUGCUAAGACUCGAGGUUUAAAUAUUAGUUAUAACCUUUUCACCGAUCAAAUUAAACAAAAGUUCCUUAUCAAUCACAUCAGUUUUAAUGCAAUAGCCUCGACCAUCAUGCAAAAAGCCAUGAAAAGAUUUUGUAACCUCAUGCGUUCACCACCACAUUGUGAAAUUUACAAAUCCCCACCCUCAGAUAUAAUUGAUUCAAUAGUUAUAUCGGCUCAGGGCGAUAUAAGAAACGCCCUAAUAAAUCUGCAUUUCUCCUCUUUGAAAGGAGCACCAGGUUUAUUAACCAAACGUAUAGAAAUAGCAGAAGAAUCAAAAACUUCAAGAAAGAGAAAAGGACAAAAUACACUAAAAUCCGUAGGACGCGAUGAAUCGGUGACAAUGAUGCAUGCUUUAGGCAGAGUUUUCAAUCCAAAGUUUACAGAAGACAAACACUUUGUACAUUCACCUGAAGAAUUAGCUGAGGCUUUUACUACUGAACCAAAAAAAUUCAUCGAUUUAGUACAAGCGAAUUAUGUACUACAUUUUCGCGAUAUCGAAUAUGUCUUAGAAGCGGCCAAUGGUUUAAGUCUUUGUGACAUUAUGCUCAGCGACUAUAGAGAUGAUUCUUUAGCAUUGACCGGUUUAAAUGUUGGGAUACGCAGUGUAAUGGUGGCUAAUACAAAUCCCGCCACUGGUUGGAUGCCCAUCAAAGGACAAAAACGCAUUGAUCCGAAUACAGUAAAAAUUCCACUACAGGCCUCUAAAGUUUUACCUGAACAUCAUAAUAUUUCUUCCAGUCUGUAUGCAUUGGACUAUAAGACGUUUGUUAACAUAAUAUCCCCUUAAAUAUUUCAAAUAAAUAAUAAAAAAAUGCUUCG